AUUGGUGAACUGAAGCAUCUUCGCUACUUAGACCUUUCCAACGCUGACAUUGUGAGGCUACCCAAAUCUCUUACUACAUUGUACAAGUUAGAGACAUUGAAGUUGAAAAACUGUUUUAAACUUCAAACUCUGCCUAAAGAUAUUCAUCACCUUAUUAACUUGAGACACCUUAUUAUCAGUGGAGGUAGGCUAGAAGAGAUGCCAAGCCAGAUAAAUAAAUUGAUGAAUCUCCAAACACUGACAACUUUCGUUGUGGGAAAAGAUAGUGGAGCAAAGUUAGAAGAGUUGGCAGAACUUUCAAGUCUUCGAGGAAAACUUUCCAUUAAGAAGUUAGAGAAUGUGAUCAAUAUCACAAAAGCAUCGAAUAAAGUCAACAUACUUGAUAAGAAGCCACUAGAUAAGUUGAGUUUGAAAUGGAGUAAUGGUGUUGGUGACCUAAAACAUGGAGAAGCUGUACUUGAUAUGCUUUCACCCAACACAGUUUUGAAGCAACUCAAGAUUGAUUAUUACCCUGGUACAAAAUUUUCAAAUUGGGUUGGGGAUGAUUCUUUUUGCAACGUUGUCCAUGUAGGGCUUUGGAACUGUCAACGUUGCUCCAAUUUACCGCCACUUGGGCAACUGCCUUGGCUGAAAAGUCUUUACAUUUCAGGAUUUGAUUCGGUAGUAACUGUUGGUAGUGAGUUUUAUGGGAACAGUUAUGUGAGAAAACCAUUUUCAUCAUUGGAAACCUUAAGCUUCAAGAACAUGUCAUCAUGGGAGCAAUGGCAAUCAAUGCAAACAGAAGACGCAACAACAUAUGGAAAGCUCAAAACACUUGAGAUUUUUUAUUGUCCUGAGCUCAUUGGGGAUUUGCCUCGCUUCUUUCCUUGCUUGACAAAGCUUAACAUUCAUGUAGAUAAGAAGUUUGCUUUGACUACCUUAAGCUUUCCCUGUGUCAAAGAAAUAACGAUUGGAGGAGUGGAAAGUACCGAGUCAUUGUGGGAGGCAUUAAAGCUGCAACAGAACAUGAGUCAUUUUGAAUCUUCUUCUUCAUUGAUGUCUACUUCUACUCCAUUCUACCACCCUCUUGAGUCACUUCAUUUGACAAGGUGUGGUGAAUCCUUUAGAUCACUCCAUAUGGAUUUGUUUCCCAAUCUCAAAAGCCUUGCUAUCAGUUACUGCAACUAUUUUGAAGCCCUUUCAAUGUCUGAUGGGCAAUGUCAGGAACUAACAUCUCUGUCUUCUUUGUCUAUCUGGUGUUGUCCUAGUUUUGUAUCAUUCCCAAAAGAUGGACUUAUUGCCCCCAAAUUGACUUUCAUUAACAUCAGUGAGUGCCCCAAACUUAAGUGGUUGCCAGAGAAGAUGACUUUCAUUAGUCUGCAUGUACUUUGUAUAUCUUAUAAACCUCUGGUUUCAGUGAUGAAUUGGGAUUUGCAAACUUUAUCCAAUCUUAAACAUGUUCGAAUUGUUGGUACUGGUGAAGAUAAGGAAUCAUUUCCUGAGGAAGGGCUACUACCUGCCACUAUUACCUCUCUUGGUAUCUCAACAUUUUCCAAACUUAGAGCCUUGGACAAAAAUGGGCUUAAACAACUCACCUCUUUGCAAACACUUGAAAUCUUCAGUUGCCCUGAGUUGCAGACAUUAUCAGAAGAAGGGUUCUCAACCUCUCUUAGGUAUUUGAACAUACAUGGAUGUCCUCUGCUGAAGAAAAUUUACAACCCAGAGAGUGAGAAUAAGGAGUGUUGGAGCAAGAUUAGUCACAUACCCCAUAUCCAAUUUUAUUGAGCUGCAUUUACCAUGCAUCACAUCUCAAACAUCCAGACAACAACUCUCAUUUUAUGAAAUUGAUUCAUUGAGAAUUUAAAAGCAUGUUGAUACAAGC